CGAGUGUGACUUACUAAAAGAUAGUCUGAAACGUAUGUACAUUCAAACUUUCAAACAGCUCGAAUGGCUUUAAAACUCCGACCCUCAACGGUCAACUUUUGGCCAACCUGGCAAUGACCAUCACAAAUUUUUUGGAAGUGGACUUGUUGUAUUGAUCAAUCCAUUGAGUUCAGUAUAGAUCAGUGUAGUUGUAUAAGCACCAUGUCCACAGCAGACUGGACGAAUACGUCUACAGGCGGGAACAACAGUGUCCACUCGACAUCCACCAUUUCUUCUGCCGGCAUCAACGGAACGGCUAGCAAUAAUGCGUAUGCGGCGAAUAAUGGCGUGAGCAACCAAGCGGGUAUAUCGAGUAUAGUGGGUGGCGUCGAGGAAGUAACGGGAAUGGUCUAUCCGGCCAUUGCCACGUUGGAUCGACAGUACAGUGCUCCCGUAGGACAACGCCUACUACUGUUCGUACAGACCAAUGCCAAUUGUGGAUUGCAAGGCGGCGUGGAAACGAUACUCAAGUUACAGAAGACAAAGGGGCGGAGUCUUUCUCCGCCGCCAAAUCACGCUACUUCUACGUGUGACUACAAUUACAACACGCAAGAAGACGAUCUAGAUGUCGCAUACUCCUCUCGUACUCCCAGUCAGACCAAUCCAAGUAGUGAUGACCCAUACGGCUUUCUACGAGACGACGACACGGGCACUCUAGCGACUGGUAUUACGGGAAGUAGUACCAAUGCCAGUGACAACUUUUCCUAUGCGUCGGCAACCAGCAGUAUCAACAGUUCCACACAGCAAAACCUCAACACUAACAACAACAACACUAGCAAUAGCAAUAGCAGUAAGAAAGGACCCAAUUUGGGACGAUUCCUCAAAAAAGUCGCCAAGCAAACGACGGGAGCGUUGGAACGAGGAAUGCACGAAUUGGCCAUUAAAGCGGAUCAAGGACGAACGCCCGAUUUACUGACCGCUUGUCUUUUCUCCACUGCCACGGGAGAACUCAUUGCCAUGACCGAUUCCGUGCCCAUGCCACGCAUUGCCAUUGUGGGAGUCACGUUUAGUAUUCCACUUUGGGUACCACCGAGAUUCGAAGACAAUGCCAUGGUCACGGUCAAACUAUUCAUUCACAGUCAAGCAUCACUCAUGAUUUCGGCAACGGGAAAACCAAAAACAAAACAUUUCUUGUUAGGACAGACACAAGUCAAUGUCGGACAAAUGAGAAAAUUACUAUUGCAGCAACGCAAAGGAUUCUUUUCCUUGCCACUCGCAUCUACACUUGUGGCGGAAGGACAACAGUUGCACUUUUGUGUACUUCCCGAUCUCAAAAUACCCGCCAUGGCACAACGAGGAUGGUCACUCAUGGAUCCACAAUUCUCGGGAUGCACAUCGGGGCUCUACAAUUAUCCACUCGAUCAAUCCUAUGCACUCAAAACACCACCCAGUAAUAGCAGCAAUAAUAUCCAAGAACAACCAUGGCUUAUUGCCACGGAACGCGCCAUUGAAUCCACCAUUGUUCUUCCACUGGCCGCCGCCUUUGCGCAAAUUUGUACUCAAGCAUGUCAUGUCUCGCUUCAGCACGCCCAAGCCAUUGCGACUCAUUUACUUGCCAAACGCACCGAACACGAUGAACCCGGACCUUGCGCGAAUGUACACGUCGAGUUCCAAUACUUGCAAAUCGAUGCAUCGGCAUCCAAUCCCGUGGCCGCCAUGGCCGCGCAACUCCCCAGUGUCAAUAUGACGUUGGCGUGGCAACCACCCGAUUCGCUGUUUGAAUUGGAACUCAUUCCGUCCGCAACUGUCCCCGUCGGAGGCACACAUCCACAAGUCGCACCGCCACAGUUGCAAUUCUUUCCACCCGUGGUUACUACCGGCAUUUUGCCCGCCAUUCUCAAGGCACACGGUGCUCAAUUGCCCGCGUUCAUGCUCGGCAAUUUACGAGUCCAGCUCACGGCCAAUACACGACCCCCGGAUGUCUGGGAGGCCGUUGUUGUACUCGAACAACAUGUCAAUCAACAACGAGGACGCACCAUUCAGUUGCCCUUUUAUUCACUCGCCACGGGACUAAAAGUCGGUGCCAUGGUCAUGACCAUUGAUAUCUCUGUAGAAACACCAUCGGCGCCACUACCAAACUAUGUAUCGCCCCAACGAGGACUUGUGACCAUGGUCGGACUCGAAAAUUUGAUACAAGAUGUCGUCACACCCAUGGUCGAUCAUGUCGUGUUGCCACAACAACAAGCAGCACAAGCAGACGAUGUCACGAGACGACGACAACAACAAUUGGCUACCAUGGGAAGUUUCAUGUCCCAUGCCUAUCUCGAUCAGCAUGUGCGAUCGCGACGACAAGCCGAUUGGGAACUAUUCUCCAUGAAAGCGCGCGAAUAUCGACAAGUCCUCGAAAGUCAUUCGCGCACUCCCAAUACAACGCCCAGACACACGGAACCAUCCUGGGAAGAUCGAUCGCCCAAACCAUUUCGACCGUCGUCCAGUCGUCCCGAGUUACUCCUCAGUAUGAUUCCCUUUAAUACACACAAUGCCAGUUUUAGUUUGGAUAUCAUUGAUCCCAACAACAGUCAACCCAACGACGGAGCACUCUUUCACAAUAUCACCUGUGGAGCUCCCGCCGACCAUGCCGCUGGAUUUGGAAAUGUCUUUGUCGAUCGAACCUUUACCAGUCCCAUUGGAUCCGUCUCGGGAGGAUUGCGACGACUCGAAGCCAAACGAUUUGAGCUGGCCCAAAUUGUCAAGAAUGCCCAAACACAAUUGAUUGCCGGUGUGGCCGGGUUCUUUCAAGCGGCACGACAACAGCCACAGAACAAGUUUGUCAAUCACGUACCGGCACGGCACUCCAAUUUGCAAAACUUGAGAUGGAAAGUCUUUGAAGCCGUCCAUGCGUAUCAUCAUGUCACGUGGAUUUGUGCCGUCCGACGAGCCAAUGCCUUUUCGCAAGCGCUGGGAAUUGCCGUCACGUCCUACUUGACAUCGCUCAGUGAUGUCGCCUUGUGUCAAAUGGGAUGGCCACAGCUGUGGGCUCGACACGGCUACUUGGUCUCGUACGAAGGGUUGCUCAGUGCGGCGGGAAAAGAAUUGGGAAUGAUUGAAGAUGCAUCCGUCGCCAUUAGCAUGCUGCACAUGGUCAAGAUUGUCUUGGUGCCGGAUGAUAAUACCACGCGAGGAGAUCCGGCUCGUGUGCCCAUUCCGCAUUCGCCUCUUCUGAAGUGGGUGCAUUUGAUUCCCACGACCAGUAAUAGUAGUACCAACAGCCGCUCCACGCAGUAUCUCCUUCAGGUCGGAGUGCAUUCUCGUUACUUUGAACAACGAGUUCCGGCCUGUUUGAAGAAUGGGACCCAAGUGCGAUUUUAUCCCGUUUUGUUCCAAGUCGGUGUGGAUAUUCGUCAGUGGGGAGCACAUGCCGGAUCCAACAUGAAGAAUCAGUUUGCGGGUGGAGAUUACAGCAGUGGCGCCGGUGCUGGAGGAGCAGGCUUGUUGGACGAUGAAGACGACGAUGUUGGCGUUUCCGAUGACGAUGUUUUGGUGGCGUUGAACUACGAAGCGCUCCAGAAGAUGAACGCCUACGCCCAUUUGAUCUCACCUGUCCCAGGGAGUAACGUCCCUGCUGGCGAUCCGUUUGACACCUUUCUUGCGUCGACGUCACAGAGCUCUCAACAGCAAGCCAAGAACAUGUCGGUCCAUCCGUCUCUGUCCAUGUUGCAUAAUCAUGUCAUGACAUCGGCUGGGAGAAUGAACCAUAGUAUCCUGGACGAAGCUGCUACCAUGGCGCAGCAGCUUGGAGGUGGCGGGGUCGUGUUUUGCAAAUCAGGCAAGGAUCGCACAGCCAUGCAUGUGACGUACAAGCAGGCCCAGUUUGCCAAUCGUUUCCGACAGCAACGACACAGGAAUCAAGAAGUACCCGACACAACACUGGAAGAUGCCACGCGGAUGCGAAUCUACGGGACUCGGCUCCCCGUUUGUGAAAAGAAUGUUGGCCAGGCAUUGUAUGCCUUCAACUCGCUGCAGUCCAAGUUCAUGCCCGAUGCUCUCAAGCCACCACCAAGCACGCUGGCUGGAUUCUUAAAGGGCGGUCGUCUCUUGACGGGUGGAGGCAUUGAGACGUAGGCUAUCGUGCCAAUCUUGUACAGUGACCGAGAGGUUCCUUCGUACGCUGUCUUGCCUCUACGAACUACAUGUAGAUUUCACAUGGGCCUUUUUAAAAAAAUUCUUCACUUGUUUUUG